AUGUCCGACUCAUCUGGUCUCCAGGAGAAGCCACAAUUGCCGCCUCACCAGUCAUCCAUGGACUCCACAGUGAAUGGAGAUUCGCAUCAAGAGCACCACGAGGCAACCAGCCCCCAGAUUGCAGCCCGCGAUGAUGUCAGCGAACAACGAAGCAUGCCAUCCUUCGGUGACCGGUGGAGAUCCGCAAGUGUGCGCAUCCGAGAACGCGGUGCGACAAUAGCCGAGAAACUCGGUCGUCCCCAUGAAAGUGCAGAGGAUGGAUUAGAAGGUGUUGGCUUCACCCCGGAGGAAUUGGGAGCCACGGAUGACCUGAGAAGUUUUGAGGCUCGCCAGGCCAAUGACGAGGAGGCAAAGAUGAAUUCCCACGACCACAACACCCAAGCCCAACUUUUGAUUAAGCAAUUGGGACUACCCAACCAUCAACGACAUGAGUCUUCUGAAUUACCCUCAGGAGCAACAACCCCAGGCGAGAGCGGUGCCUCCACCCCUCUCAAUGGUGGUCUUUUGUCACAGCUACUACGUGUUUAUGCAAAUAACCUCGAAAACGCGAGUCGGAUGAGUCUUGCGACAACCACGAUCGAUACGGAUCCAGAGACAGAAACUCUACCCCCCAAGACGCCAGGAAACAUGACAUCCGGCACUAUGACACCCUCCGGCAAGAAAGAUAAAGUUAAAUGGUAUAACAACGGCGCUUCUAUGGAGAACGAGAACAAACAUGGUAGCAGAUUCAGCUUGCCUUUGAAGAACCCAGUCAAGAAGAAAGAGUCGAACCAUCACUAUACCUCUUCUCUGAUCUCGGCGUCAAUGGGUAUGAGUCGGGUUGCCAUGCCCGGUGCUGAAGGACCGACACCCAUGAAUCCCAAAGAAAAGAAGAAGCAAAAGAAACAAAAGAAGAAUGUCAAGCUUACUGUGCAUAUUGCGGCUAUUCUGGCACGUCAACAAUACAUUAUGCAACUUUGUCGCGCAUUGAUGAAGUAUGGCGCGCCUACCCAUCGUCUUGAGGAGUAUAUGAUGAUGACAUCCAACGUGCUGGAAGUGAAUGCCCAAUUCAUGUACAUUCCAGGGUGUAUGUUCAUGUCUUUCGACGAUCCUCUAACCCGUACCGCAGAGGUGAAAAUCAUUCGAGUUACCCAGGGACUGGAUCUUUCUCGCCUGGCAGAGACUCACGAUGUCUAUAAGAAUGUGGUUCAUGAUAAAGUCAGCGUGAGCGAUGCUACCACGCAGCUGGAUGAGAUCAUGCAACGUAAACCACGAUAUGGCAAAUGGAUGCGUGUCCUCCUCACAGGUCUAGCCAGUGUUGCUGUCGGCCCGUAUGCGUUCUCUGCUCGCCCUAUUGAUCUCCCAAUCAUCUUUUUCUUAGGAUGUCUGGUUGGACUUAUGCAGCAUGUUCUAGCCCCAUUGUCAGCAACAUAUUCCAACGUGUUAGAAGUGUCUGCCACUAUCUUGGUAUCAUUCUUGGCACGUGCAUUCGGAAGUAUUCAGCACAAGGGUACUAGGGUAUUCUGUUUUUCUGCAGUCGCAGAAUCUUCUAUCGCUAUGCUUCUUCCUGGAUUUUCUGUGCUAAGCAGUAGUUUGGAACUGCAAUCGCAUCAAAUGAAUGCUGGAUCCAUUCGCAUGGUUUACACAAUUAUCUACUCCCUCUUCCUUGGUUAUGGUGUCACCGUCGGAACUACAAUUUACGGAUUAAUGGAUCCCAACGCUACGGACCAGGAAAGCUGCAGCGCCACAAGUGACUGGGGAAACGAAUAUAUUCAGCAUUUCCCCUUCGUUGCAUUGUUCUGUCUCUUCGCUGCUCUUCUCAAUCAAUCAAAACCGAAACAGUUACCUGUCACCGUUCUUCUGGGAGUCUGUGGCUACGUGACAAACUACUUCAGUACAAAGAGACUCGGUUCCAACCAAGUUGCUAAUACUGUCGGCGCUUUCACGAUCGGUCUCUUGGCCAACUUGUACAGUCGCAUAUGGCAUGGACACGCCGCUGCAGCUAUUAUCCCCGGCAUCUUCACCCUGGUGCCGUCUGGUUUGGCAUCUUCUGGAUCUAUCAUCUCUGGGCUUGAGUAUGCUGAGUCAGUCGCCAAUCAUACCGCGUCUAGCAAUUCGGGUGCUACUAAUGAAAGCUCGCUUACUUCUCUUGCUUAUGGUAUGAUCCAAACGGCUAUUGGAAUUUCUGUGGGUUUGUUCGUUGCUGCUUUGAUUGUUUACCCCCAUGGGAAAAAGCGCAGUGGUAUUUUCAGCUUGUAA